AAAAUUUUGGAAAAAGAAAUUAAGUGCAAAGUUUCAAUUCAAGGAUCUGUUAGAAUCAGAGAAGAUUCAUGGUUUAGGAACCAACCACCCUUUCGCAUUGCAGUGAAUGCAGAGAUAAAUCGCUUAUCUGGGUUAGACAACUAUUCACAGGCGAGGAAGAAUGGAAUCACCAGCUUCUUAUGAAAGCCUUCCACUAGACACAGAUUAUCAAAUUCAACAAAUUCCUAUUCACAGAAGAGGAAGACUCAGGGAGUACGCGGUAAAAUCUGAGUAUAGUAUAGCAUACCAAUUCUUUCAUCCUCCAAUGAAUUCACUCCAUCCCCGACAUGCAGAUUUAGAAAUGUAGAAAACUUUAUGGAAAAUGAGAGUAACACCAAAGGUCAGAUUACCACAAGUUAGCAGCCUUUGUUCCCACUGUCAAUCGACGACGCCAGAAACACCGAUGCAUGCCAUUAUUUUCUGUACAGAAAUUCUUUAAAUUUGAAACAGCUCCCCAGUAGCAAGCAUUAUUUCCCGCGACCCUAACUUAAAGUUUGGGAUUGGUGGAGUGAAUUUAUGGAAGCUGAGAAAUCUAAAUCCAAUUUCAAAAUCAGAAGUGCUCAGGUGGCUUACCUUCUAUGACAGAAUUGGUUGGCGCAGAAUGCUUUAGUCUUUGAGAACCAACUCCAGAAACUUGAGGAAAUUCUGUCUCAGGCAUAUUGUUGGAGGACUGGCGACAUCAUUUUUCUUCAAACCACCUUCUCUAUGAACAGCAGAUAGCAUCAUCAGCAGCAAUGAAUGCAGCAUCAAAAUUCGAAACCAAAAGGCCAGGGUUGGUGUUGGAUGAUGAUUAUGAUUCCUCGACUUCUCCGAGUCUAUAUAAACCGCCGAAUCUUAAUCACUAUCCGAAACAUCAUUCGCUUCAUUCUCACCACACUCCAAACCCUCUACCUCUUCGUCACCAUGUCCAAACCUUCUUCCUCUGAUCCUCUGCAACCACCACUCUUCGAUCCCAAGCAACCUUCAGUACCAAUUUCAUACCCAAUCAAAACCCUAGAGGAUCUCAAAACUCGCUCCUACUUCAAUUCCUUUCACUACCCUUUUAACAUUGCUUUGCUUCCAAUGUCACAUCAUGCCGCUUCAUCAUCAUCAUCAUCAUCAUCAUCAUCAUUGCCUAAUAGGAGAAGAUUGUUGGUGUGUCAUGACAUGGCAGGCGGGUACUUAGAUGACAAGUGGGUUCAAGGGGGGACCAACCCUGAUGCUUAUGCAAUCUGGCAUUGGCAUUUGAUCGAUGUUUUUGUCUACUUUUCACACAGUUUGGUUACUAUUCCUCCUCCUUGUUGGACUAACACUGCUCAUCGUCACGGAGUUAAGGUGCUGGGUACUUUCAUCAUCGAAUGGGAUGAGGGAAGAGCUGCCUGUGAUGUGCUGCUUUCAACAAAGGAGUCUGCUCAAAUGUAUGCAGAACGUCUGGUGGAGCUUGCUGUUACUUUAGGCUUCGAUGGCUGGCUAAUAAAUAUGGAGGUAAAUUUGGACCGAGGACAAAUUCCUAACUUAAAAGAGUUUGUAGAUCAUUUAUCGUCAUUGAUGCAUUCAUCUGUUCCUGGAUCGGUAGUGCUUUGGUAUGACAGUGUUACAGUUGAUGGUGAUCUGAAUUGGCAAGACCAACUAAACUAUUACAAUAAGCCUUUCUUUGACAUAUGUGAUGGGAUAUUUGUUAACUAUACAUGGAAGGAAAACUAUCCAAGCCUCUCUGCUGCCGUUGCAAGUGAUCGGAGGUUUGAUGUGUACAUGGGAAUAGAUGUAUUUGGAAGGAACACAUAUGGUGGUGGACAGUGGAAUGUAAAUGUUGCUCUCGACGUACUAAGAAAGGAUGAUGUAUCCGCUGCUAUAUUUGCUCCUGGAUGGGUCUAUGAAACAAAACAACCACCAGAUUUUGAGACUGCUAAUAACAGUUGGUGGGAUCUUGUGGAAAAGUCAUGGGGAGUAUUGCGUAAGCAUCCUGGAGUAUUACCGUUCUACACAAAUUUUGAUCAGGGACGCGGUUAUCAUAUUUCAAUGGACGGAGACCUUGUGUCGGAUGCUACUUGGUGCAACAUUUCUUGCCAAGGCUUUCAGCCGCAUCUCAAUUUUGCUGACUCUACAAAUCCUAUUCAAGUUUUUACAGACCUGAAGGGAUCAUCUUAUAGUGGAGGAGGGAACAUUACAUUCAAAGGAUCUCUUGAAGAGCAUGCUCACUUUGAGAAGAAAAUCUUUGAAACGGAGUUUGUUUUGAGCGAGUUGCCCAUCCACUUAACUUAUUCUGUGAAAUCUGAUGGCAAUUCUUCGCUGGGACUUAAGCUUGCAUUCACUUCCACCACCAACAAAAGAGAGUAUAUACUUCUUGCAUCGCAACCGUUGAACAAUUUCUCUGGAAAUUUCAGCAAAGCAAUCAUGACAGAUGGAAAUAAAGGACCUUCACCUGGAUGGGUUAUAAAUCAAGGUACGAUCACAAUGAACGGAUACACACUAGCGGAAAUCCAUGCAGUGUGCUAUAGAUGCGAUUCUCCGACGAAUAAGUUGAGAUGGCUAUACAGUUCAGAUAGCAGCGAUAGUACUUCGGCUUCUACGUCAGAUUAUUUCGCAAUCCUUGGUCAUAUCUCAAUCCAGACAUUAGAAUACAAGUCAGAUUUUCCUGUGGCUUCUUCGUGGCAAGUCGACACCAAAUACAUGAAAUGGACGCCAGGUCCUCAGGGCUCAAAGAUCCUUAGUCUUCAAAUUUCUUGGGAACUGAAAGACGGAAAGAACCAUCAAUUCAGAAGCUACAAUGUUUAUUUGGUGAAAUCGUCAAAACAAGAAGGUACAAGUUCAAGAUUGGAACAUGUGAAGGAGUACCUUGGAGUGGCACAAGCAAAAUGUUACUAUGUUUCUGAGCUUAAAGUUCCUUCUGGAACUUAUAGCCUCAAAUUUAUAAUACAAGUGUGUGGUGAUGAUGGAACAUUGCAGGAAUUGGAUGAGUCUCCAUAUUAUGAAUUGGCGGUUGAAGGUCCUCAAAUUAGUAUUACAAUGUAACAUUAUUUGUACUAUAAAGGAAUGUAUGUUGUAUAUUAGUAUGAUGCAGCAGCAAGCAAUAAAACUUCCAUUUAUUACUUUCA